AUGGCACAGAGACCAAGAUUAGAGAAAAUGAGAAAAAAUGGCACAGACGACAAAGCCGUCGGUUCGCAAGAAGAAUUGAGGAAAAAAAAAAUAAACCUCAGAUUAGGAAGGGCGAUUGGCAAAGUAAUGACUCGCGGGUCAAAAAAUGGCUCAGUAAUGCAAACAUUUCAGUCAUUAGAUUUGAUGAUACAAGAGAGCAAUGCUCAAAUAUAUGGACACGAAGCCCAAAACGAGGAACAAAGGCCAUUCCUAAAACAACUGAACUCAAUUGGUGCAUUCAAUGAAUCGGGGCAGUCGGUUGCCGUUACAGUUGAUGUCAAACAUGAUUUAGAAGAGAAAAUAAUAUUCAAAAAGACAUUGAAACAACACGAAAAGUUUCAGGCCAUUCAUCGGCCUCUCCAAUAUCUCGUAGUCAAUGAAUCGCCUCUCAUUCUCGGAACAGCUGAAUUCUGGGAAAUGAAAAUGACAACAGUACACGAAAAAUAUCGUGAUUCUGGAGUGGCAACGGAGUUAUUUUGGAAAAGCGUUGAACACGCCAAGCGCAAGGGAAUCAAAAAACUUGUCGGUUUCCAAACUUACGAACAACCACGAGAAAAUCCUCGCGGGCUACAUGUUAUAAAGCGAAUUGAACUGAGUGAAUACAUAGACUCUGAAACAGGAGAAAAGUUAUUCUCUGGAUUGAAACCACCGAAUCAUGUACAAGUUCUUUAUGGAUAUAACAUAAACACACAAGUGGUUGUUGUUGAAAAUUGUACCCGGGUUGUAUCUUGGGAAAAAUUGGUAAUAGCUUUGAGCUUGAACCUCCGUUACAGAAUUCUUACAAUAAAUGAUUCGGCAGCUGUUCGUAAACUUUUGGAAGAACAGUAUAUUCCUACAAAUCAUCUUGUAAAACACAUUGGAAUAGGAAAUGGUGAACUACGGGAUGAAUACUAUUCACGGGUCGAACCAUUUUUGAGACAAGGAAAUUCACUCGGGGCGUUCGAUGAAUCAGAUCAAUUAGUUGCAGUUGUUGUUAAUGUUGAACAUGAAGAAGAAAGAGAAAAACUAUUUAAUGAAAAAGCGCUGAAGUCACAGGAAAAUAAAAAUAAAAGUGCUGUUUAUCGGCUAAUCAAACAACUCGGAAAGGAUGAUCUACCUGUCAUUUUAGGAACAACUGAGUACUGGGAGCUGAAAAUGGCAACAGUUCAUCCAAAAUAUCGUCGAUCGGGAGUGGUGAAUGAAUUGAUUCGAAGAACCAUCGAACUUGCCAAGCUGAAAAAUAUAAAAAAACUAGUGGGUUCUCAAACUUACGAACAACCUCGAGAUAAUCCUCUCAGACUGUAUGUUAUAAAGCGGAUUGAGUUGGGUGAAUACAUAGACUCCGUGACUGGAAAGAAGAUAUUUUCUGGAUUGAAACCGCCGCAUCAUGUUCAAAUAUUGUACGGAUAUGAUGUAGAAAAAGAUGAUGACAUUUCUAUACAUCACAAAAGUCACCUUUAUUUAUAAUCUUAUACGUUAUUGUUGCACUUUCCAAGGUAAUCCAUAUCACUCGGACAUCAAUUACUGUCUAACUAAACGUUAUUCUCUUAACCGACCUGUGUGCUUAUGACUGUGUUCGUUGUAUAUUAUUUUACAUAGUUAUGGAUUUUGGAAUUCGAAGUGGACCUAUGAA